CCAAUCUUUCCAUUUGCUAUAAAUGCACAAAAAUACCUGCAUUUUGUUAUCUCUAAAAACCAAAAAAAUAUAAGUACAAAAAGAGAAGCAUAUCUAUUUUGUCUUUGCCAACAAAUGAAGUACCAAAUUCUCUUAUCUCUUUGCCUUUCGCUUUUUCUGGCAGUCCCUUCUGCGACUCAAAAAUACGCAUGUGACCCGACUCUCUCAGCAACAUCUAAAUUCGUCUUCUGCAACACUUCCUUAUCUUACCCCGACAGAGCAAAGGAUCUAGUUUCUCGUCUGACUCUCCGAGAGAAAGUGCAACAGCUAGUAAGUGGCUCCUCUGGCAUUUCCCGGCUAGGUGUGCCUGCGUACGAAUGGUGGUCCGAGGCCCUUCACGGGGUCUCAAACGUCGGUCCUGGUACUCGUUUCAAUGCCACCGUGCCCGGUGCCACCAGUUUCCCAGCGGUCAUCCUAUCUGCUGCAACUUUCAAUGAAUCCUUGUGGUACAAGAUGGGCCAGGUUGUGUCAACCGAGGCUAGAGCAAUGUACAAUACUGGUUUAGCCGGGUUGACGUAUUGGAGUCCUAAUGUGAAUGUGUUCCGAGACCCGAGAUGGGGUCGGGGACAAGAAACGCCAGGGGAGGAUCCUCUUGUUGUAUCACAAUAUUCAGUGAAUUAUGUGAAGGGUCUACAAGAAAUAGGUGAUCAGGGAGGCAAUGCUACUGCUGGUAGUAAGCUGAAGGUUUCAAGUUGUUGCAAGCACUAUACCGCUUAUGAUCUUGAUAAUUGGAAAGGCGUCGAUCGAUUUCACUUCGAUGCAAAGGUGACAAAGCAGGACUUGGAAGAUACAUAUCAGCCACCGUUUAAAAGCUGUGUAUUGGAGGGACAUGUCAGCAGUGUUAUGUGUUCAUAUAACAGGGUCAAUGGAAUUCCAACUUGUGCUGACCCUGAUCUACUCAAAGGGAUUGUAAGAGACCAGUGGGGUCUAGAUGGAUACAUUGUUUCCGACUGCGACUCCAUAGAAGUAUAUUACAAAUCCAUAAAUUACACUGCAACACCAGAGGACGCGGUAGCCCUUGCUUUGAAAGCAGGUUUAAACAUGAACUGUGGGGUGUACCUUGGAAGAUAUACAGCAAAUGCUGUUAAGUUGAAAAAAGUAGAAGAAUCCGUUGUAGAUCAAGCUUUGAUAUACAACUACAUUGUCCUUUUGAGACUCGGCUUCUUCGAUGGGAACCCCAAACUGCUUCCGUUGGGGAAUCUUGGUCCUGCUGAUGUAUGCACCAAUGAUCACAGGACUUUAGCACUUGAUGCUGCAAAGCAAGGGAUAGUAUUGCUAUACAACAAUGGAAUUCUUCCUUUAUCUCGAAAUUCCACCCAAAACUUUGCUAUUAUAGGACCCAAUGCCAAUGCCACUACUGUUAUGAUAAGCAACUAUGCUGGUAUACCUUGUGGCUACACUAGCCCUUUACAAGGGCUUCAGAAGUAUGUUCCUGCCAUCAAAUACGAGCCCGGUUGCAGCAAUGUAAAGUGUGGCGAUGAGAGCCUCAUUGAGGCAGCAGCCAAGGUAGCAGCUGCAUCCAAUAUUUCUGUUGUGGUGGUGGGGCUUGAUCAGUCUAUUGAAGCAGAAGGGCUGGACAGAGAGAACUUGACAUUACCAGGGUUUCAGGAAAAGCUUGUGAGGCAAGUAACUAAUGCUACCAAUGGAAGAGUCAUCCUGAUUGUUAUGUCAGCUGGUCCUAUUGACAUUUCUUUUGCUCAAAAUUUGAGUAAAAUUGGAGGAAUCUUGUGGGUAGGCUAUCCAGGCCAAGACGGUGGAGAUGCAAUAGCUCAGGUCAUAUUUGGAGACUACAAUCCAGGUGGAAGAAGCCCUUUUACAUGGUAUCCACAACAAUACUCAGAUCAAGUGCCAAUGAGCGACAUGAACAUGAGAGCCAACACUAGCACGAACUUCCCUGGUAGAACCUAUCGAUUCUAUACUGGAAAAUCACUAUACGAAUUCGGUCAUGGUCUUAGCUAUUCAGUAUUCACCAAGUUCAUAAAAUCAGCACCUCUCACAAUAGUCAUCAAAAAAAUUUCCACUCCAAACACACAUAAUAUUCUGUUUGCCAACUCCAACAUCCAACAAAACCAUGUAUCCAAGGGACAAGCAAUCGAUAUCUCAACCAUAAACUGCCAAAACUUAACGUUUGACAUUGUUAUUGGCGUAAGGAACUGCGGAUGGAGAGAUGGAUCCCAUGUGGUGCUGGUGUUUUGGAAACCGCCAAGCUCAGCGGAUGUAACUGGUGCUCCAAUUAUGCAGCUUGUCGGAUUCGAGAAAACAGAGGUGACAAAAGGGAAAACAGGGUUCGUGACGGUGAAAGUUGAUGUUUGCAAGAGACUAAGCCUUGUGGAUAGUGAAGGGAAGAGGAAAUUGGUCACUGGACAGCAUUGUUUUCUGGUUGGUUCUCCAAGUGAGCGCCAAGUGAAGCACUAUCUCAAUGUGAGGCUUGCUAAGGAUGGAAAAAGUGAUGUUGGACAAGUAUCAUUAUAAGUUCACCAGCAGCAUUAGUAAUGCUAAUUUGCUAUCGGAAGAGUCAUAAGUAGUAAUAGACAUAGUUUGUGUUUGGAAGGCUCUCUAUAUUUAUUAUGUCAAGGCUAAAAUAUGAUAAAGUAUGUAAUUUUUAUAGCUAUCUGUUAUGCAGUGUGGUUGUUAUUGUUACUA